UUGUUGUCAAAUCAGGGAUAACGAAAGUUGCUGUGUGGGAACUAAACUAGCAUUAAUACGUAACUAGCUAUGUAACAAGACACAUAAUUAAAUAGCUAACGCUAGCUAGUCCAUAGUUAUGCGGACAGUUUUCUAACAGUGGACUUUAUAGUUUUUACUCCACGUAGUAUUUUUUUUGACUCCACCGUGAGUCUCGGUUCGCCAACUAGCUAGCUAAACGUUAGCUAAAGUUAGCUGGCUAAUGGUAACUCCUACUGACGUUUGAUUGACAUUUGAUAGCUAAAUGAGGAGGCACAACUGUAGUCAGAGUAUCUGGCAGUGCCGAACAGGACUUUAACAUGACUGCAAACCAGGCAUGACAGGUGACACUGGAGGGAGGAUCAUCAACAACAUCAUAGAGGAAAUGGACAGAACCACCAACUUCAACUUUUCAUAUGAGGAGGAAGACCCUGACUCCUCUGCUCUCUCAUCCAGCAUGUCUAUUGACAAGCUCUUACCGGCUCUCUUGGAGUGCUUUGGGAUAAUAUUAUGUGGAUACGUCGCAGGGAGGGCAAACAUCAUCACGCCCACCCAGGCCAAAGGAUUGGGGAAUUUUGUGUCCAAGUUUGCCCUCCCAGCGCUGUUGUUCAAGAACAUGGUACUGUUGGACUUUGGUAAUGUCAUCUGGCCAUUCCUAUGGAGCAUCCUCAUUGCCAAAGUGUCUGUAUUUUUCAUUGUCUGCGUCCUCACGCUGAUAGUUGCCAGUCCUGAGAGCCGCUAUAGUAAGGCUGGGCUUUUCUCCAUAUUUGCCACCCAAAGCAAUGACUUUGCCUUGGGAUAUCCCAUUGUUGAGGCCCUUUACCAGAGCACAUACCCAGAGUACCUCCAGUACAUCUACCUGGUUGCACCUGUGUCCCUGAUGCUUCUAAAUCCAAUUGGCUUUGCCUUCUGCGAAAUCCAGAAGUGGAAGAAUCAGGGAAACCGCCAGCAGAGAAAACUCCUGAUCAUGGGACUUGUAGUUUUACAGGUCCUGAAGAACCCUAUAGUGUUCAUGGUUGUCAUCGGCAUUAUCGCCCAUUUUGCACUGCACCAGACCAUCCCUCCCUUCAUGGCUGAAUUUGUGGACGGCUUGGCCAACUCUUUUGGGGGAGCAGCUCUGUUCUACUUGGGUCUGUCCAUGGUGGGACAGUUAGGGAAAUUAACCAGAUCCACAGUCGUGACACUGAUAUUACUCAUCACAGCAAAACUGUUGCUGAUGCCGCUGAUUUGUAAGGACAUGGUGGAUCUGUUGGACAAUAGCAACACCAGCGCUUUGAACCACUCAAGCCUCUCUAAUUAUGCCUUUCUUUAUGGAGUGUUUCCCACCGCACCAAGUGUGGCCAUCUAUGCUGUCUAUUAUAACGCGGAGCUAGAAGUUGUAACCUCUGGGAUGGUGAUCAGCACUUUUCUCUCAGCUCCAAUAAUGUAUGUUUCUGCCUGGUUACUUACAAUGCGCUGGAUGGACCCUCAGCUUUUGAUGAAUUCACUGCAGAAUGUCAGCUUUAACAUAAGCAUAGUGAGCUUAGUUGCACUGGUGUGGACAAUUACUGUUAUGUUUUUAAGUAAGAAAUUCAAGAGGCUACCUCACAUGUUUACAGUCAACCUUUUCUUGGCACAGUUUCUAACUUGUUUUGGGAUGAUCCUGUGGAACUUUGUGGUGAAAGAAGACAACUUCAUCGGGCAGGUCCUGACGUUCACAUUAUUAUGUACCUCACUCUACAGUACUUAUGUUUGGCCAGGUUUAAUAGCACUUUCUCUUGUGCUCAUGAAAAGUUUUGAGGAUGUGAAAGUUUCACCCAGCCUGUUUGUCAUUGCUGGCUGGGGGGUUCCAGUCUUAGUAACUGCUGUGUUGCUAAUCUCUGGGGAAAAAAUGCCUGACACGAUUGACUCAGCAUUCUUUUACGGCAAACCACAGAUGAUCUGCACCACAGUUGUAGUUGCCCUCAGUAUACUGCUGGGAGGAAGCUCUCUUGUGUGUCUCAAUAGAGGAAGUUGGGCCCACAAUGACCAAAUUCAAGAGGAAAACGCUGCAGAGGAUCUUGUGACUGAGGUUGAACCAGAAAACCAGACUCUGUUUGAGCCAGUCACCCCAUCAGGGGAUCUCAACAAAGCGUGCCUCCUAUGUGACUGUGCACCACCCCAACCCAUGCCUGACAUGAUCAUCAGCACAAAUAUGAACAACACACCACCGCUCACACUCACAGGUUCAGGUCAGUGUGGGAAUCGCUGCGAGUCCACAGACUGCCUGCUUGUCCAAGUGGAGGAGCUCCAACAGGUUGCAGAUAGACAAGUGCCCCGUCAUGUGCUCUUAUGUCUGCUUCUGACUGUCAGCUUGCUUGCUAACCUGUCCAGCUGCUUGUGGUUGCUCUUGAACCCGGUUCCUGGUAGACUCUACUUGGAGCUGCAGUUCUUCUGUGCUGUGGCCAACUAUGGACAGGGGUUUCUCUCCUUUGCUCUGUUUGGACUGGACAAACAUUUGAUUAUACUGCCAUUUAAGAAGAGGUUAUAUAGUCUGUGGUAUGGAAAGAAGCAAGAAGAGCAGACUGAUUUACCUGAUGAAGUCAGGAUGACCUGCACCCAGUUCACCAAAUAUCACAAGGACCAGUGUUUUCAUGACAUCGUCAAAAAGAGAAGGUGUGGGAAGAGGACAAAGGUGGACUGUUUUCUUGGUUGUGAACUUGUUGAGUGGCUCCAGCAGGUGGGCUUGGCUCAGGACCAUGGUGAGGCCGUACUCUACGGGACACGGUUAGAGCAGGGUGGUGUGCUCCAGCACAUCAAGCAGGAACACAGCUUCCAAGACAGUCGCCUUUAUUAUCGCUUCAUGACAUAAGAUGAAAGGUCCACAUUUUAUUUUUUU